CUGAAAUAUGCUUCGUCGUCCCAGCGACGGUCACUCUGCUCUCCCCUUUAGUUUUCGUUUGCGGUGGAGUAAAAGUCGGAAAAGUCAAUUAAUAUCCGGCUGCCACACGUCCAGAAACCGAAUUUGCGAUCAAGGUCAAGAUGAGCGAGUACACCAGCAUUCUGCAGCGCGAGUUUCCCAAAAUCGACCACGAGCUGCUCACCUAUGUCGUUGGCGUGCUCACCGGAAGCGAGGAGGACUUCGAAAGCGGCGAUGACAUCUUCGAUGCGGUGGGCGACAUCCUGCAGAGCGUCGACUGCGACAGGUCGGAGGAGAGCGUGCGUACGCUGUGCGAGCAGUUCCUCAACAUCAUGAAGAACAACGAGGUCAACGUGGAGCGGAAGGUUCUCAACGCGCCGGUCAACAUCGAGGAGAUGGCCAAGAACAUGGAGCGUCUUGACAAGGAUAUGCAAAGCAUUUGGGUGGCCAACAAAGACGGCGCCAAUAAAGUGGACUCCAAGAAGCUGGGAAAGGCGGAGGCCAAGCUGCAGCAGAAGCAGGAGAAACGGCAGGAGGUGAACAAACAUGGAAUGAUUCCUGUUGCGGUGAAGCUACAAACGGCCACAGCCUCCCAAGUGACCAACAAAAAGAACACCAAGCUGGACCAGAAAGGGCUCAACCGAUCCAUGGACAUCAAGAUCGAAAACUUUGACUUGGCUUUUGGCGAAAAAGUUCUUCUGCAGAAUGCGAAUCUGCUGCUAUCUUACGGACGCCGCUAUGGCCUGGUUGGACGCAAUGGCCUGGGCAAGACUACUCUCCUCCGUAUGAUUGCCGAGCGACAGCUACAGAUUCCUUCGCACAUAUCGGUGCUGCACGUGGAGCAGGAGGUGGUAGGCGAUGACACACCAGCCGUGGAGAGUGUACUGGAAUGCGAUACGGAGCGAAUGAGACUUCUGACCCGGGAGAAGGAGAUUCUGGCUGCUCUUAACAAUGGAGUUCAGGAUGCGUCGCUGUCCAAUGAGCUGAGCGAGACCUACGCCUCUCUGCAGAACAUCGAGGCGGACAAGGCUGUGGCCCGCGCAUCUGUGAUACUUAAGGGUUUGGGCUUCGACGCAGACAUGCAGCUGCGUCCAACCAAAUCCUUCUCAGGCGGCUGGCGCAUGCGUCUUGCUUUGGCCAGGGCACUCUUCUCCAAACCAGAUCUGCUACUGCUCGAUGAGCCGACGAACAUGUUGGACAUCAAAGCCAUUAUUUGGCUGGAAAACUAUCUGCAGACAUGGGCCACCACCAUUCUGGUGGUUUCUCACGAUCGCAACUUCCUGGACACGGUGCCGACAGACAUUAUUCACCUACAUUCCCAGGAACUGGAGGCAUACAAGGGAAACUAUGAACAGUUCGAGAAGACCAAGACGGAGAAGCUGAAGUCCCAAAGACGCGAGUACGAGGCCCAAAUGGCUCACAGAGCUCAUGUCCAGGACUUCAUCGAUCGCUUCCGAUACAACGCAAACCGUGCCUCGUCUGUGCAAUCGAAAAUUAAAAUGCUCGAAAAACUGCCGGAACUGAAGCCAGUGGAAAAGGAGACUGUGGUCACGCUCAAAUUCCCCGAAGUGGAACCCCUCAAUCCUCCCGUGCUGGCUAUUUCGGAGGUUACUUUCCGUUACAAUCCGGAAGAUCCACUGCCCAUCUUCAAGGGCGUCAAUCUGUCAGCCACAUCAGACUCUCGAAUUUGCAUUGUCGGAGAAAACGGAGCGGGAAAGUCGACGCUGCUGAAGAUUAUUGUCGGGCAAUUGAGCACGAUUCACGGAAACAUUGUACUGCAUCGCGGUCUUCGUAUUGGAUACUUUGCCCAGCACCACGUGGACCAUCUGAAUAUGAAUGUGACGUGUGUGGGAGUUUUGGCAGAACUGUUUCCUGGUCGCCCGGACGAAGAGUAUCGCCGGCAGUUGGGCAGCUUCGGCAUAUCCGGACCACUGGCACUGCAGAGCAUUGCCAGUUUAUCUGGAGGACAAAAAUCACGAGUGGCCUUAGCCAAGAUGUGCAUGGCGGAGCCAAAUUUCCUGGUGCUCGAUGAGCCGACUAAUCACUUGGACAUUGAAACCAUUGAUGCUUUAGGCCGGGCUAUAAAUGCCUUUAAGGGCGGCGUAAUCCUGGUUUCCCACGACGAACGCCUCAUUAAGGUCGUCUGCAAGGAACUCUGGGUGUGUGGCAAUCGCACAGUCAGAGCGAUCGAAGGUGGUCUGGACGAGUAUAAGCGCGAGGUUUACAAGGAAAUCGAAGCUAAUAGUUGAAUUUAAUGUAAUUAUUAAUUACUCUAUUUGUGAAACAGCCUAGCAAUAAAUUUAUAUUAUGCCUGACACAA